AUGGAAAAGAGGAUGAUAUUUGCGGUCCUCCUCACGCUUCUGGAGAUCGCCACGGCCCAGUUGAGGGUCCGCAAGGCAUCCGUUUCGGUGCGCAACAAUACCCCAAGGCCGCUUCAAGAAGUCUCCGUGGUGCACAAGUACAGCAGCGUUUACAAACACAAUCACACAUGGCCAAUCAUCCAGCCGGGCGAGCGGGCCGAGGACCGCAUGGUAGUUCAGUAUCACACCGGUUUCGGCACCAUCGGGGUAGACUGGUGGGCGAUUACCUGGGUCGAACUGGAGCAAAAGACGUCUUACGUCUCCAAGCCCCUCAACUUCCGCAAGAUCGUUGACUACAUGGAGAAGUUUGCUCCAAGGACCAUUUCCGCCCUGGCCAGCACAGCCGCCGGAAUUGCCACAGUCGAAGCCGGCCCUGGUGCCAUGGUGGCCGCCGCCGUUGCCGCCGCCGUAGCUUCUCAGCAAGUUACGGAGUUUUUGUUUAGCUCGGAAAGCACCGAUGGAUUCAAGCAACACAUGCUAGAGCGAGAGGAUCAGAAUACUCUGACUGAGAUUGUCAUCGAAGCGGAUGGCACCAUCGCUUUUAAGUCAAAUUCCGGCAACUCGUAUACCGUCAGCGAAGCAUUGACGCCUGCGCCAGAACCCAAGCAGGUGGAUAUGAGCCGGGAAGACCAGAGUCUGAACGACGCAGCACACAGAGUCAUGGAACUCCGAGACACAGCUCCAGACAGCCAGGAGCUCGAAUAUGCCGACUUGAAGUUCCAGGAAUCUAUGGAGAGUUGGCUCCAAGAGUGGAGGGGACAGAACUGGUAA